AUGAGUCCCGCAGCGCGAAUGAUCCAGUCGCUGGCUGAGCGCAGUGUCUCUGGCGAGGCCGACUCGGUCAAACAUACAUUUUCCAGCUGGGACAAUUGCAUGGCCAAGGCGUACUGCAAAUGGCCUGUCAUUGCUGUUAUUAUCGUGGGAUCGCUGAUUCUCCUCAGUAUCGCCGGCUGCCUGAUCAGCUGUUUAUGUUGCGGUUAUCAAUGUUGCAAGGGCUGCUGCGGCUGCUGCUACAAAUGCUGCGAUUGCGGCGGAAACUCGAGGAGCCACAAGAGGAAACGAGACAGCUUUGGCGAUCACGGAAAUCCAUACUAUCAACAACCCCCGCCGCCUCAGCCCAUGAACUAUGGACACCAACAAGCGGUUGUACCGGCUGUAUCACCCGCGCCCCCGGCGUACCGAGACCGAGGUCCCAGAACCGCAGCGUUCGACCAGCCCAAGGCGGCUGUUGCGACCAACGAAGAUGCUCUUCCGGCGAUGCCCACCUGGGCUGACGCGCAAACAAGACGAGUCGAAGACCACACCCCCGUGCAUGAGACGGUGGAAAUGGAUAACCUGGAGGCGCACGACCACGCCAUCAACCCGUACUACAACCACCAUAGCAACUCUCCUGCUCCGGGGCUUAUGACCCGAGGCGGAUACUCAGAGGUACCUCCGAAAUCGACAAGCCCGCAUCCAAGCCAGCCCAUGUAUCACGACGACUAUCUUCAUGAUGACGGAUACUCGACAGGCGCCGGUGGACUUCGAGUGACGAAUGCAUCGAACCAAGACUUGGGCGAUUCGGAUUACUCCCACCAACAACAACACCAACCCUACUCCCCGAUUUCUCCGUCAUCUCCAGGUUACGGACAUACUCCCGCGGGAUAUCCUCCUCCAGCGAGAUAUCCUUCUCCCGGCGCUGCCGCCGCCGCUAUGCCUUCUCGUCUAUCGCCUCGACCAUCUCCGUCGUCAUACCGAGGCUUUGACAACCAGCCUCCUGCCAAAGUGCAAGCGCCAAACUUUAGCGGACCCAGAGCAUACGAUCAAAUCCCGUCGCCGCGGUCUCCCGUCAGCCCUCCGAUGCCAUAUGCGCCGUAUGAGGCACACCAACAGCAGCAGCCACCUUUCCAGGCGACUCGCUCUCCGCCACCGGUAGCAGGUUCGCCGGUGCAACACGGACAAUACCGCGCUUUCUCGCCUGCUAUUUCUUCUUCCACGCCGCCUCCCCCCUUUUCAGAGACCGAUCAUCAUCCAGCCGGCCCCGCAUCGGACGGCGAUCGUCCUCCGAGUCUACUAAUGGCCGGCCGACGACCAACCCCGAACUCGUACAGGGCUGUUUAA